AUGAUGCGAGGCAGGUCCAAGGAGAGGUCAUCUUCGCCUAGAAAGGUGACGCCGCCUUCGCCAACUUAUAUGGACAGUGAACAAUUUGCGGCAUAUUUGGCAGGGCUUCGAGAUAAUCGCGUCAGUCGCCCAGGAGGGGCACGGCCUCCACCACCAUCCACAAGACAAGCUCGGGAUUCUACAGAACGACUUGCCAUGGGCCGUCCAUCACCUGCGAGCGCAUCUGUGUUAUCUGAAGCCUCUACUAGCCCAAAGAAACCCCACUCUGAUGCUCCUAAGCCACGGGGUAGUCGCCAUAGUUUUGCACCAAGCGUGGCAUCUCGUUACACUACUAAUUCAACUGCGACUAUGUCGGGGAGGGACUACUACCCGGAAAGUACCGCCGCCGUUUCUCCUUUGAAACCAGGCGAGGUUGUCCCUAGCGCCACAUAUAUCGAGCGUGGCCAACGGUGGAUGGAGAAGGAAGAGGCUGUGUCGCUUCGCGAGGCCAUGGAUGCUAUGGAUGCUGUGAAUCUGAGGGGGGAAGAUAAAGAUAGGGAAGAAGGUGGGGAACAGGACGACGACGAAUCUCGACUGUACAAUGCCGCUCUCGACGAGGCAGCUGAAUUGGUCUGGCGGCACCAACACGGCAUAAAAACACCCGAACCUGGCGCACCCUACCGCUACAAGCCACAUCUACGCAAGAAUAGCUACGCCCAUGCACGUGCUGCUAGUGUCGGUAUGUAUGGCGAUGAUAUUGGCGCGACUGGGCUUGCACGAGACUCUGUUCGAUCUCUCUCCGGGAGUUCGUCUGGUAGUGAACGGGCGCCCUCGCCGACUAGUGCUCGUACAAGUAUGGAUCAACAACGUACAUAUUCUAUGGGAUCAACUAAGUCGAAAUCGAAAUCGUACGGCACGGUAGGUGGUGCGCCACGUUCGAGCUCGGGCAGUCGCCGUCUCAGUAGUCUGAAGCGUAACAUUAGCGGAGAGAUAGAGAAGCCAUUCUCUGGCGAUCAAAUCUGGGAAGAGCCUGAGUGCACUACCCCUGAGCAUAGGAACCCAAGACAACCUCGGAUACCCGAGGAACCGCAACCCCUGGGAUUGAAAGCGAGAGGGAUUCCUAACAGGGUCCAGUUCGCGCCCGAUUCCGCGCCAGAGGCUGCCGCGGCAGCCCCCCUACCCGCGAAACCAUUGUCGAGAUAUGAGAUUCACAAGAAUCCGCCGACGCAAUCCCGUAAUCCUACCUACACAAAAAAUAACCAAUCUAAUUCGCCGCGGACACCGCAAGACAGUCCCACCAAAAAUGGCAUGGAGAUCCGCAGUGAUGACAUCAGACUGGCUACCAGCAUGCGGCUCAAAGAUCGCAGUGCCAAGCUCCCCACUCCGUCGGCCGUCAGUGACAGCCCCGGACGUCCAAUCGUAAGCUUUGACAAAAACUGGAAGCCCUUGGAGGAGGGAGAGGCGACUGAUGCAAAGCCAGAAGAGCCCAAGCCUAUUAACACCCAAACCCAUACCAACUCCAACAACCCAAACCUCCCAAGCAACGGCAACAGCAACUCCAACAGCCCUACCAAUACCACCAACCGCCGAGUCGGACCUUUCGGGGUCCUCGGGAAAGAGCGUCAGGGUUCACAAACUGCGCAGCCGAAUGUCAAUGUCCCUACUAUCGCAGUUACGCCGGGCCCUCAGACCCCGGUUCCAUCGUCCUCACGGGCACCUGGCAACGCGCCGUCCAUCCCAAGUAUUCAGGUAGAUGGAGCGAAUGAUCGCCCAAGGGUGCCUGCUAUUUCCGUUUCAGGCGAUGGACCCACUAUCCCUUCUAUUGUGCUACCCGGUGACGACGACGACGACCAUAACGACUACAGGGGCGGCGGCGGCGGCGGCGGUGGUGGUGGUGGUAGCCGCAAAUUGCCUAACCUACCAACGAUUGUUACCCCCAACGCUGACGCUAAUCAAAGCAAUGCUAGUAAUGGCAACAAAAGGCCCUUGCCAACUAGACCGCUGCCUACCCCUAGGACCCCCACCCAGGCGCGAGGAGAUCGUCCUCGAAGUCACUGGUCCCCAGCACCGGGCGUCACCGGUCGCCGCGCAACAGCCACUUGUCAUGAAUGCGCAUUCCCCAUCGAGGGUCGCUUCGUCGCGCUCGCCGGUGCCUCUGAGCGCUUCCAUCCGCAAUGCUUCCGAUGCUACACUUGUGGCACCGCCUUGGAGGCGCUAGAAAUCAGUCCGGAACCCGACAAUUUCCGUUCUGAACGCCUAGCUCGGAUCCGGCGACGGGCAGCGGGUGAGUUGUUGGAAGAGGAGCCCGGACAGACGAUGGCGGAAGACGGGGACGAGCGUUUACGCUUCUAUUGCCAUCUGGACUGGCAUGAGCAAUUCGCGCCACGAUGCAAACACUGCAAAACGCCGAUCCUGGGCGAGCACGUGGUAGCACUUGGGGCACAUUGGCAUUACGGUCACUUCUUCUGUGCUGAGUGUGGUGACCCAUUCGGCCGAGGCGACACCCACAUCGAGAAGGACGGGUAUGCGUGGUGUGUCAACUGCCAGACGAAGCGGACAGAAAGGCGUGCACCCAAGUGCCGCGGAUGCCGGACUGCUGUCAUUGGUCAGUACAUCCGCGCCCUAGGCGGCGAGUGGCAUGAUGAGUGCUUUCGAUGCGCCACGUGCGGCGGUGGCUUUGACGAUGGCCAGAUCUUCCCCAUGCGCGAGCGCGGCGACAAUGUUGUUCUCUGUACGCGGUGCCGGUCCGCGGAACUCAAGAUGUGACGAGAAUGAACGAAGAAUGAAGAACGAGAUGGAAACGGAAACGAUGACUUUUUACGAUUACGAAGACGGAAUUACACUGAA